AUGACCGACACUCCUAGCAGCAGCCAACCGGACAGCAGAGAGGCCGAGAUCGUGUCUAGACACUUGCCUCCAGACGAUCAUGGCGCUGCCGCUGGAUCGGCGGCGGAUUCUGAAGGGCCGGGACAGGAAUCAUCCCUAAAGCUCCAAGGCGGGGACAUGCACCGCGAUCUCUUCAAGAUCAACGCGAAGGCCAAACUGCUGCAACGGCGAUCCAGGACUUUCUCUCAUCCAGACCCGCCGAGAUCUUACGGCAGUGCGCCGGAUUCCUCUUUUCACAAUGGGACGUUCUCAGCAGUCGAGCAGCGUGCCCCGGGGGGGUUCCGUCGCCAGUUUAUCCAGCAGCAGCGGGGUCGGCUGGAGAGUGUCACGGCGCCGGUGACGAGGAACUUUGUGGCAUUUCUUGAUCUGUACGGCGGUUUUGCAGGAGAGGAUCUGUAUGAGUCCGAGGAUGACAUCGCGGUCGAGUCUGGGGAGGACGAGGAAGCCCAAGCGGCGGGCGGCGAAAGAACGCCUCUCCUGCGCCGUCGAAGGAGUUCGAAAGCGAGGAAGCCGGGUGACGCGGGGCAGAUGAGGGCUUUCUUCACGCUACUCAAAGCCUUCGUGGGGACGGGGAUCAUGUUCUUGCCAAAGGCUUUCAGUAAUGGUGGGAUCCUCUUCUCUUCCAUUGCGAUGGUGGUGGUCUCCAUAUUGACGUGCAUCUGUUUUCACCUCCUCCUGCAAUGCCGGAAGCGAUAUGGAGGCAGCUAUGGUGAUAUUGGAGAAGAGAUAGGGGGUCCCAGGAUGAGGUCUUUGAUCCUCUCAUCGAUCACGAUCUCGCAGAUUGGAUUUGUCUGCGCCUGCAUCAUCUUCACAGCAGAGAACUUCUCGUCCUUUUUGGAUGCCGUUACUCCCACAACCACGAGGCCGUUGUCGACGGCCGCCUUUAUUGGCCUCCAGCUCCUCUUGCUCAUCCCCUUCUCUCUGAUCCGCAACAUAUCCAAACUUGGGCCCGCGGCUCUCGUGGCCGACAUCUGUAUCAUGCUAGGCCUGUCCUACAUCUACUACUACGACAUCUCCAGUCUAGCCAGUCGAGGCAUCCACAAGAGCGUAGUGCUGUUCAACCCAGCCCAGUACACGUUGACCAUCGGCUCCUCCAUCUUCGCCUUUGAAGGCAUCGGACUGAUCCUCCCCAUCCAAUCAUCCAUGGCCGAGCCCGACAAGUUCUCCCCGCUCCUCUACCUCGUCAUGCUCCUCAUAACGCUCGUCUUCACGUCCGUCGGCGCCCUCAGCUACGCCACCUUUGGCUCCACCACCAUGACGGAGCUGAUCUCCAACCUCCCGCAGUCCGACCCCCUCGUCAACGCCGUCCAAUUCCUCUACGCCUUCGCCGUCCUCGUCGGCACCCCCGUCCAGCUCUUCCCCGCCGUCCGCAUCCUCGAGGCGCGCCUCUUCGGCCACCGCUCCGGCAAGUCCGACCGCGUCACCAAGUGGCGCAAGAACGCCUUCCGCGCCGCCGUCGUCGCCGUCUGCGGCCUCGUGUCGGUCGCCGGCGCGAGCGAUCUCGAUCGCUUCGUCGCCCUCAUCGGCUCUUUCGCUUGCGUGCCGCUCGUCUAUAUCUACCCGGCGCUGCUGCAUUACAAGGGUGUUGCGACGUCGCAGGCCGUCGUCGUGGGAGAUGUGCUGUUGAUGGCGCUGGGCUUGCUGGCUAUGGUGUAUACUACUAUCGUUACGGUGGCGCAGUGGUCUUAGUUGGCCUGCUCCCGUCUCCGCUGGAAUUCUAUAAUUACUGCACCUACACCUACACCUGCUGCUGUUAGAUGUUUUCGUUGUUGCUCAUUUCUCAUAUAAAGUACCAAGGAACUAGAAAUCAGGAACCCGGAAAAUUAGAAACCGGAAAUAUAGAAUAAAAAUAACGUGUGAUACAUAUACAUACCUUACCUUACCUUACCUAU